CCCCGCCCCUCUCUCGCGGGCCCUCGGCUUGCCGUCCAGUGUCUCCUGCGCUCGGGAGCGCUGGCUCCGCCGGCGCCCAGAAAUGAACCCAUUUUGACAAGAUGUAGUGCUGCAACGUGCCUGAUGGGAUAUGUUCAGUCAUGGCAUCCGAACUUUGUAAGACGAUCUCUGUGGCAAGGCUGGAAAAGCACAAGAAUUUGUUCUUAAAUUACAGAAAUCUGCACCAUUUCCCACUGGAGUUACUGAAAGAUGAGGGACUGCAGUACUUGGAGAGACUGUAUAUGAAAAGGAACUCCCUUACGACCUUGCCAGAAAAUCUUGCUCAGAAGCUUCCAAACCUUGUGGAACUGUACCUUCAUUCAAACAACAUAGUUGUUGUUCCAGAAGAGGUUGGCGAUUUGAAGGAGCUGCAGACACUAGACAUUUCUACCAAUCGUUUGCUAACUUUACCCGAGAGGCUUCACCUGUGCCUUUCUCUGCAGUACCUAACUGUGGACCGAAACCGUCUGUGGUGUGUGCCGCGGCACCUCUGCCAGCUUCCCAGCCUCAACGAGCUCUCCAUGGCUGGAAACCGUCUUGCAUUUUUGCCACUUGAUUUAGGUCGGUCUCGAGAACUACAAUACGUGUAUGUGGAUAACAACAUUCACCUGAAAGGCUUGCCGUCCUAUCUGUACAAUAAAGUCAUCGGGUGCAGUGGCUGUGGUGCUCCCAUUCAAGUUUCAGAGGCGAAGCUGCUUUCCUUUUCGUCAGGGCAACUCACUGUUUUCCUCCCAGCAGAGGUAAAGUCCAUAGGGACAGAGAAGGAUCACGUCCUGCCUCUGCAAGAGUUAGCCAUGAGGAGUCUGUAUGGCACCUACCACCAGUUUCUAAAAGAUUUGAACUUUUUGUCUCCAGUCUCGUUACCCCGGAGUUUUCUGGAGCUGCUGCACUGCCCCCUGGGGCACUGUCACCGUUGCAGUGAGCCCAUGUUUACCAUCGUCUACCCCAAGCUCUUUCCCUUGAGAGAGACACCGAUGGCCGGGCUGCACCAGGGGAGGACGGCUGUGAGUUUUGUGGCUUACUGCUGCUCCACCCGGUGUCUGCAGACUUUUGACCUACUGAGUUGAUAAACACUCAAGAGCCCUCGGGAGCAUCGCCAGCUCGACACUGCAGUCACCUGCUCCCGCACGCUGUUUGUGGGGUGGGAGGGCGAGGGAGGCCAGCCAGCAAACAGGCCUUUUCAUCCUGACCCGUCAAAUGCAGGAGACUGCAGAGCUCUGUGGAAUGUCCUGAUUGAGCUUCACAGCUAAAAAGCCUGCGUCUUCCUCCCCCCACCCCAAGUUGGAAUAUAUUCCCCCCAAAAUGAAGGAGCCUUUGUUUUCUGUGUUUUUCUUUUUAUGUGUGUCUCAUACUUGAACUAUUUGGUUUGGUGUGCCUCCUCAAAUCUAGUUUAAAGCAGGUUUCCAUUCCCCGAAGAACUAUAAUUUGAUAAUACACCCAGAUUAACCUUUGAACACAUACACCUUCAGUGAUAAUUCUAAUCUUUUUCUUUCUCCAGAGAAUUAUUUCCCCCAGAAGUUAUCCAUGGUUCCCCCAGUGGCAACUUGUGGUCAGUUUUUAAAGAGUUUCAGCAACCCCCGUCCUCAGGAGUACUGAAAAUCAGGGUGGGGUGCCUGAGUUGGCGGCAGAGUCAGGCUCCCAUGGAGGCUACACAGGCAUCGCAGAGCCCACGCCCUCUGGAAAGUUACAGCCUUGUUUACGAGUUGCGCAGGGCAUGAAGAGACUUUGGGGGUUUUUUAAAGCAAAUAUAUAGACUGUAAAUGAAAUAUGCUUUUAUUUUAAAAGACUAUUUACAGAAAACUAAUUUUUGACAUUUUUAUUUCCUGAUAAGCUUUUUUAUAUGGGAAGAGUUUGAGGGAAUAUUUGAGGCUUUGAAAGAUCUGAUCCCUUUCUUUCUAGCUUUAAACAUUUCAGCUAAUGAGAAAAGGGGAGAAAAAGUGCAUCAAAAUAUGACCUCCAGCAUUCUGUUAUGCGUGUUUAUGGUUAAAUUUAUAUUGACUUUGAAAUGUUUUUAUUACAUGUGAAAAAUAGGCUUCAGCUAUUUCUGCUCCUCAUUUUUAAUUGGGAUGAUUGUCAGUACAGCCUGGGCACAUCCACUUUAAUAUGUGGUGCAUUUGAUUAUCUUCGUUUUGACCCUGCAUUUCUGAAGUACUUAACACGCUGUUAUCCAGGACACUGAGAUAACUCAGGAAAGGCAGUUCCAAAUUCAGCCUUGGACUUCUGCAGAAAGACCAUAAACUGAAAGUACACGUGAUUACACCCUGACAGAAAAAGAGGCACUUAACGCAGGAGUCACGGAUGUGCUCUUCCUUGGAAAGGGUGGCAUUUUACGGCACUUUGUUACCAGAAGUUCAUCUGGUUGCUGUGAAGGGUUUUGUUUUGUUGAUGAUAUUGAGUUUUCUGUAAGGCAGAACUCGAAGAGGAACCAAGAUGGCUUGCUUGGUAGAAUAACUGUAUUUGAAAAUUUUCAGACUUGUCAAAAACUUGAUUUGUAGAAUUUUAUUAGUUGCCCUGAAUCUGUAAUGCUAGGCUCAAACAGUGCUAAAAAUCCUACAUGGUUACUGACAAAUGUGUGAUCCGCUCACAGUCUCACCACCUGCUGCCCGGAAAGCAGCCUUUCCACGUGGAAUGGUGAAGGCAGAACGUGAUGGCAGGCUCUGAUGGCGUUUGUACUCUUCCUACUUCUGCUUGCCCCUUUCAUGUUGGCCUGGUCAGCCUUAACAUUUCAGGGGUACAUAGUGCAAUAGGAAAUGAAGAUCUUUGUCAAAAUACAACAGUUCUUUCAUUCUUUGGAAUAAUUGAAGUUUUAGCAGCACCCUCUACAUGUACAUAAGUUGGCAGGGGAAAAUGUGACAUAACUUCAUAAACGUGAUUCAGCCUAAGUGGCCGGUACCUCUUAUUUAAGUGACAGGAAAUAUAUUACAAUGUCUCUUUGAUCCUCUGCAGCUGUGUGUUUUAGAAUGGAGCUAUGGAAUGUGCUAAUCUGAUAUUCAGGAUUUGUUUUGACUUCUCUGAAAUUUUACAAAGACCCUUGCAACCCAAGCAUCUUCUUCUGUACCUGUAAACUAUUGUGCCUUCAGCAUCACCAGCGGGCUGGGCAUUACAACCUUUGGACAGUCUUGGCCUUAACCCCAGGUGCAGCACCUGAGCUUCAUUGAUGAGAAAUGGAAUUUAUGAUUUGGUUUCCCUGGUGCUGUUGAUUAUAGAAAUUUUGUGCCGGAUUCACUAAUGGUAUUCCUAACAUUCUGAUAUUAUAAGAAGUGUUGUAGUAGACACAAGAAAAUUCACCUACAUGACAUUUUAAUUGUGUACAUCCCCUGAAAACCCCCCACUGCCAUCGAAUCGAGUCCAACUCAUAGCGACCCUAUAGAACAGAGUAGAACUGCCCCAUAGUGCUUCCAGGGAGCGCCUGGUGGGUUUGAACUGCUGACCUCUUGGUUAGCAGCUGUAGCACUUAACCACUACGCCACCAGGGUUUCCAUUGUGUACAUAGCUGUACAGAAAAGCUAAUGCCAGAGGUAUUCUGCAUGUUGUUUUCUUAAGGAACAGUUACGCUGGGUAGAAAGAUAUUUCAUGUGAUGCUAAUAAUGCAAAAAAAGGUGGGGGGAGGAAGAGGGAGGGAGCUACUUAGAAAAUACGUAUUCACAUAAAUUAACGUCAGUGAUCUGAAGUGUGGUUAAGGGUAAAUUUUAAAUUCCAGGGUGAUCUGUUGGGCACUGGCCUUCUUACGAAAUAAAAAAACAAAAAGAACCGGUUGCCAUUUGAGUCUGUUGCCCCUCACGGCAACUCGGUGUGUGUCAGAGUAGAACUGUGCUCCACAGGGUUUUCAGCGGCUGAGUUUUCAGAAGUAGACCACCAGGUUUUCUCCCAAGGUGCCUCUGGAUGGACUUGAACCUCCAACCUUUCAUUUAGCAAUUGAGCCCAUUAACUAUUUGCACCACCCGGGGGACUCUUGGCCUUCAAAUAAAGUAGUGCAAGAGAGGCCUGUGUUAAGUGGCUUGCCCUAUCUAUCAUUGUCCUUCAAGAUGCCUAAUUACUGUCAUACCAAACUCUUUGAUUAUGUAAUGUUGUGUAGAUUGAAUGCCACAUUUUCAGUUAAUAAAAUUAUUUUAUGAGCACACUUUUUAAAUUUUAAAAAAUGAUCAAGACACAGCAGAGCCCUGACUGGAGAGGAUCCAGUCUGGUUGACAGAGAAGAGUGAUGAACUCCUGUGUCUGCCAUCUGGUCCUCCUCCUCUUCAGGAGAAAUGAGGAAUACUUCAAACAACUUUUGGCCAACAUACUUGGCACUCACUAAAACCUUUCACACUCUGGCUUGUCUGAUUAGUUUGAUGAACAUCUCACUUUUGUUUCACAUUGAGCAUUACGAUUUAAAAUGUUUACAGUCUAAGGAAAAAUGCUUCAACAUGAGUUGGCUGAUGAACUCCUGCAUAUACUUCUCCCUAAAAUUUAUACUAUUUUUGUAAUCUGGGGGCUUUCAAAGACAGUUUCUAAAAUUAUUAAUAGUAAAAUUAGGUUUAUGUUUCCUGAAUUGAAAAAUCAGACAUUCUUAUCUUUACCAUAAAAAGCUUAAAAACCAUGCAUUGCUUCAGCAGAAAUCAAAACAUUUUUAUUCAGGUGAUUUAUGAACAUGGAUUCCUAACUGGGUCAACACUAACGCAACCUGAUGUAAUUAAAUAUCAAGAUGUAAAUUCAUUUCACAGACUUCUAAACACACUCUCUUUAAAAAUCUCGUUUGAAAAUGUAUCCUUACAUAACCCUGGCCAUUUUAUUAUGCUUUUAUUAUUUUUGUGGUUUCUAUUCACUCCUGCUUGCUGCUAAUGAGGCUCUCCUACUUUCUUCCAGGGACUUAGUGAAUACCUUACUUUCUCUUCAAACAGUGACGAUUCUUAUAAAGCCUGUAUUCUUGAAAAUAGCCCCAUGUCUGUCUAGAAAUCAUUCAAGUUUCACUGUUCCUACCCAGGAAGCACCUCCCUGUGUUAGCAGCUAAUAGAUCUGAAGGUGAUACAAGCGUCUCUAGGAGAGGCAUUGAUGGUAGCUAAGUGACUGUUAUCCCGGAUCAGUAAAAGAGAUUGCUUCACAGCCUAGGAUGCUCUCUUUGAAGCGUGACAUAUAGGCCCCUUCAACCUUGGAGACAGGUGUUGCUGACUUAGUAUGGUGGCGAGGCAGAGGGCAGGGCAUUUGAGGAUUAUUUUUAUAUGCAAUUAGGAGACAUGCAAGGGAUGGCUGUAUUUUUUCCCACUCACAGCCGGGCAUGGAUUCUCAUUACUAGCUGUGUUAAAGAAUAUCAGACUUUGGUUUUCAUAGCAGUUUUGAGAACCUGUAAUAAUACAAGAAGGUUUUUAAAAAAUGAUUUUCUAAGACUGCCUUUAAAAAAUAUAUAAAAUUGAUUUGGGGUGUGGAGGGUAUUUUUCUAAAACUCUUACAGUAUCCAGUUUGGUUAUAUCUCAGAAAAAAAAAACCCACCCAGUGCCAUCAAGUCGAUAAGAGGCUGCUGAAUAUAAAAUGAUUGUGGGCUUGAGCCACGUGAAUGCUUAGGGGUGUUGAUGGUGGCUUCAUUGUCUUAACCAAAAUCAUUGUGACAAGAAAAAAAAGGGGGGUGGAGGGAUAUUAAAUACUUAAAGCCCAUGGUAACAUUAGCAAAAAUGGUGGAGUAAAGAUCUUCAAAAAUUUUCACCUUCAUAAAAGCAUAAGAAAACUGGCAAAAAUGGCAGAAUCAACUUUUUCAGAACUCAAAGUAUUACAGCAAUCUGAGGCACAUUCAUUCAAGAAAAGUGACAAUUUCCAUAAGAAUAGCCAGGUUUGUGUUGUUUUAACUUUCCCUAUUAUCACCGCCCACCCGUAACCUUGAAAACCAGCAGCCUGGCAACCACAGGACACAGAGCAGGGUUGAGCAACUACAAAGCCUCAUUCCCAGAAGUCUUUAUUUGACCUGACUCAGAGCUGGCUGGAUAUGAAAAGCUUUCUUCCCUAGGAACACUUGUCCAAAAAGUUAGAGACAAUUGAUUAACUUUGCAGCUGGCUGAGAUGGUGGAUAGCAGUUGGAGCAAACAGUAGGCUAACCAAAAAACGUGAAAGGAAAAGUUGUGGAGUAAGAUGUCCAUAGGAGCUUUAAAGAGGUCCAACAUGUUUCUGGGACUCUAGAAAGACAUGUCCAUGUGUUGGACUUUGUCCAUGCCAAGGGCUCAUCUUGAGGCUUUGCAGAAGCAGAAAAUGAAGCCUAAGGCAGAGUUGUCAACAGCCUGGUUGAUUGUUGAUGUGCCUCCAACAUACAAAGAGCCUAUCAGCAAAAACUGGGAGACUUAAUUGGUUCCAGAUAUUUAAAGAAAUCUCUACCGAUCACUAGCUAACCACUAAGGUAAUCCAACAGAUAAUUCAGUAGCCACAAAAGAUAAUGAAUACAAACUUUACAGAAUUAGCACAAUAGAGUCACUAAACAACAGCAACCUUAAAACCCAAACCCAUUGCCGUCAAGUCGAUUCUGACUCAUAGUGACCCUCCAGGACAGAGGAGAACUGCCCCAUAGAUUUUCCAAGGAGCACCUGGUGGAUUUGAACUGCCGACCUUUUGGUUAGCAGCUGUAACUCUUAACUACACCACCAGGGUUUCCUCAGACCCUUAGGAGGGAGGAAAAUCUGAUUUCCAGUUACCACAUUAUUAUUUAAAGUGAUCAGUUUUCAACAAAAAAAUUAUAAGAUUCAAAGAAACCAGAAAGUAUGGCCUAUACAGAGGAAAACAAGCAAUCGAUAAAAGCUUUCGGAGGAAGCCCAGACAUUGAACUUUCUAGACAAAAACUUUCAAUCAUCUAAUUAUGUUCAAAGAAUGAAAGGAAACUAUGUCUGAAGAACUGAAGGGAAGUAUGAGAAUGAUGUCUCACCAAAUAGAGAAUAUCAAUAAAGAGAAAUUCUUUUUCUUUUUUAUAUAGAAAUUCUGGAGUUGAAAAGUACAAUAUCUGAAAUGAAACCUCCACCAGAGGGCUCAGCAGCAAAUUUCAGCAGACAGAAGAGAAAAAUCAGCAAAUUUAAAGACAGGUCGAUUGAGAUUAUCCAAUCUGAGAAACAGAAAGAAAAAAAAGAACAGAGUAUCAAGCAUACCAAUGUACACAUAAUGGGAGUUCCAGAAGGAGAGAAGAGAGAAAGGGGCAGAAUAUAAAUAGUAACUGAAAACUUCCCAAAUUUGAUGGAAAAAAAUACACAUCCAAGGAGUUUGACAAACUCCAAGAAGGAUAAACAAAAAGAGGUCCACACAAAGACACAUCAUAAUCUAACUCUCAAAAGAAAACAGAAUCUUGAACACAAGAAACGACUCAUCAGGUACAAGGGAUCCUCAUCAGAAACUCUGAAUUCCAGAAGGCAGUGGGAUGACUUAUUCAAAGGGCUGAAAGAAGAAGACUGUCAACAAAUUCUGUAUCCAGCAAAACUACCCAUCAAAUAUGGAGAAAUCAUACCCAGAUAAACAAAAAAUGAGAGAAUUCAUCACUAGCAAACACCUAUAAGAAAUACUAAUAGAAGUCCUUCAGGCUGAAGUAUAAGAAUAGUAGACAAGAACCACAAUUCAUACGAAGACAUAAAGAGCACCAGUAAAGGCAACUACAUAGAUAAAUAUAUUUCAUACAAUAUACAAAAUAUGUUUUUUUGUUCACAAUUCUUUUUUCCUCCUAUAUAAUUUAGAAGCAAACUGCAUAAGGCAAUAAUUGUAGAUCUGAGUGUUGGAUACACAAUGUAAAAAGAUGUAAUUUGUAUAAUAGUAGCACAAAGGAGGGGUAGGGAAUUAACCUAUAUAGAAGCAAAUUAGGUUGAUAUUAAUCAACUAGAUUAAUUUAUAACUACACCAUUAUAACUAGGUUGUUAUAAAUUAAGAUGCUAAUUGUAAUCCCCAGGGCAACCACUAAGAAAAUAAGUAUGCGUGUGUGUGUGAGAGAGAGAGAGAGGUUUGAAUGGAGGAACAAAAGACAUACAGAAAACAAAUAUCAAAAUGGUAGACAUAAAUCCUACCUUAAUUGCAUUAAAUACAAAUGGAUUAAACACUCCAAUAAAAAGGCAGAGAUGGAUGAAAAAACAUGAUUUAACUAUAUGCUAUCUAUAAGAGACAUACUUUAGAUUCAACACAAAUAGGUUGAAAGUAAUAGGAUGAAAAAAGAUAUACCGUGCAAAUAAUAAUCAAAAGAUAACUGAAGUAGCUAUAUUGCUAUCAGACAAGAUACCAUUUAAGACAAAAAUUGUUACUAGAGACAAAGAUAUAAUGAUAAAAGAGAAACCAUCAAGAAAAUAUAACAAUUAUAAUCAUAUAUGUACCUAACAACAUAGCACCAAAAUACAUGAGACAAAACCUGACAGAACUGAAGGGAGAAAUAGAAUAGAAAAUCCAACAAUAAUAGUUGGAGAAGUCAGUACCCCACUUUCAAGUAAUAAAAAAGCUAGACAGAAGAUCUGCAAGGAAAUAGAAGACAUGAAAAACAGUAUAAACCAACUAGACCUAAUAAACAUCUAUAGAAUAUUCCACCCAACAACAGCAAAAAUACUCAUUCUUCUGAAGUGCACAUUCUCCAGAGCAGAUUUCAUGUUGGGUUAUAAAACAAGUCUCAUAAAAUUUUCAAGUAUUGUAAUCAUACAAAGUAUGUUCUCUGACAACAAUGGAAUGAAAUUAAAAAUUGAUAAGAAAAAUUGGUAAAAUCACAAAUAUGUGCAAAGUAAACAAUGCACUCCUAAAUAGCCAAUGAGUCAAAGAAAAAAAUAGCAAGGAAAAUACUUUGAGAUGAAGAAAACAAAAUACAGCAUCCCAAAACUUACGUGAUGCAGCUAAAGCCAUGCUUAAAAGGAAAUUUGUAGCUGUAAAUGCCUAUAGUCAAAAUGAAGAAAUAUCUCAAAUUGAUAACCUAACAUUCCUUCUAGCUUAAGACAUUGGAAAAAGAAGAACAAACUCAACUCAAAGCAAGCAAGGGGAAAGAAAUAAUAAAGAAUAGAACAAAAAUAAAUGAAAUUGAGAAUAGAAAGGCAAUAGGAAAAAAAAAUCAAUGAAACCAAAAGUUGGUUCUUUGAAACGAUCAACAAAAUUAACAAAUUUUUAGCUAGACUGAUCAAGAACGCAAGAGAUAAGACGCUGCUAAAAUCAGAAAUGAAGUAGAGGAACUAAUACCAAACUUACAGAAAUUUUUAAAAAGGGAUUAUAAAGGAGUUCUGUGAACACUUGUAUGCAAAUAAAUUAGAUGACUUAGACAAAAUGAACAAAUUCCUAGAAAGACAUUGUCUUUGCCAUCUAGUACUAAAAAACAUCUAGUACUGCCGUAACAGAAAUACCACAAGUGGAUGGCUUUAACAAAGAGAAAUUUAUUUUCUCACAGUCUAGUAGGUUACAAGUCCAAGUUCGGGGCCUUGGCUCCAGGGGAAGGCUUUCUCUCUCUGUUGGCCUUCUCAUCAGUGUUCCCUUGGACGAGGAGUUUCUUCAUGCAGGAACCCCGCAUCUAAAGGACACGCUCUGCUGCUGGCGCUUGUUUCUUGGUGGUAUGAGGUCCCCAACUCUCUGCUUGCUUCCCUUUCCUUUUGAGAGAUAAAAGGUGGUGCAGGCCACAUCCCAGGGAAAGUCCCUUUACCUUGGAUCAGGGACGUGACCUUAGUGAGGGUGGUGUUAUAAUCUCACCCUAAUCCUCUCAACAUAAAAUUACAAUCACAAAAUGGAGGACAACCAUAUAAUACUAGGAAUCAUGGCCUAACCAAGUUGAUACACACAUUUUUGGGGGGAGAUAAUUCAAUCCAUGACAGACAUAAUUACCAAAAUUAACUCAAGAAGAAAGAGAAAAUCUUCAUAGACCUAUAACAAAGAGAAUUAAGUGAUCAAAAACCUACCCACAAAGAAAAACCCAGAACCAGAUGCCUUCACUGGUGAAUUUGACUACACAUUUAAAGAAUUAAUGUCAAUUCUUCACAAACUUCCAAAAUACAGAAAAGGAGGAAACACUUCCCAACUCAUUCUAUGAGGCCAGUAUUACCCUGAUACCAAAGCCAGAAAAAGACAUCAAAAGAAAAAAUUUUAGACCAAUAUAGCUUAUGAAAACGAUUGUAAAAAUCCUCAACAAAAUACAAUCAUGGGUCACUUAAUUUCCACAAUACGUUCUGUGAAAUAAGAUGUUAUGUGAUUUGGGCAUUUUGCAAACACCAUACGGUCAUGAGCCACAUAGCAUUUGUUCAGGCAACGUCUGUGGUCCAAAAGGUUAUAUGGGGAAAUCAGCAGCGUGAUUGUGUAUUUGCGACCUCAGAGCACGCUGGCCAGCUCUUGAAGUGCAUGGGCUUCCCAUGCUGAGCUGUGUGUGCUGCGUUGACAAACGGUUGCUUAGCUACACAAGGCAGGCAAUUUGCAUGUGCCGCAUUUGUUAUAUUGUUGUCAACGUAUAGAAAGUAUUAUACACCAUGACUAAGUGGGAUUUAAUCCAGGAAUGCAAGAAUGGUUUAAUAUUAGAAAAUCAAUAGAACAAAACCCUCAUGAUAAUCUCAAUAGAUGCAGAAAAAGCAUUUGAAAAAAUUGAACAUUUCUUCAUGAAAAAUCACUCAAUAAACUAGUGAUAUAAAGGCACUUCCUCAAUCUGAUAAAUGGCACCUAAGAAAAACCCACACCUAACAUGUGGUGAAAGACUGAACCCUCUCCCCCACCUCCCUUCACAAAGAUCAAAAACAAGACAAGGAUUUCCCCUCUCACCACUUCUAUUCAACAUUGUGCUGAAGGUUCUAGCCAGGGCAAUAGUUAAGAAAAAGAAACCAAAGGCAUCCAGAUUGGAAUGGAAGAAGUAAAACUAUCUGCAUUUGCAGAUGACAUGACCUUGCGUAUACAAAACUUAAAGAAAUCAACACAAGCAUGCAAAAAAAAAAAAAAAUUAUAGCCAAUAAAUAAAUUCAGCAAGGCUGCAGGAUACAGAUUAAUAUACAAAACUCAAUUGGUUUGUAUACAGUAGCUAUGAACAAUCCAAAAAUGUAAUUAAGAAAAUUGCAUUUACCAUAACACCAAAAAUAAAAUACUUAGGAAUAAAUGUAACAAAUGAAGUGCAAGGCUUGUACACUAAAAACUACAAAACAUUGUUGAAAGACAUUAAAGAAGACCUAUGUAAAUGCAAGGACAUCCCAUGUUCAUGAGUUGGAACUUAAUAUUGUUAAAGGACUCACCAAACUGAUCUUCAGAUACAACACAGUCCCUAUCAUUUACCUUUGCUUUGCAGAAGUUGACAGGUUGAUCCUAAAAUUCAUAAGGAAACACAAGAGACCCAGAAUACACAAAACAAGUUGGAGGACUCAAACAUCCCAAUUUCAAAACUUACUACAAAGCUAAAGUAAUUAGGAUAGUGUGGUACCUGCAUAAGGAUAGACAUAUAGAUCAAUAGAAUAGAAUUGAAAGUCCAAGAAUAAACCUGUACAUCUAUGGCCAACUGAUUUUUGACAAAGAUGCCAAAAUCCAACAGGGAAAGAAUAAUAUUGUCAGCAAAUGGUACUGGGACAACUGGAUGUACACAUGAAAAAGAAUAAAGUUGAACCCUUACCUCAUUCUAUACACAAAAAUUAAUCAAAAUGGAUGUAAGACAUAAAUGUAAGCACUAAAAUAAUAAAAUGCUUAAAAGAAAACAUAGAGGUAAAGCUUCAUGACCUAGGGUAGGCAAUGAUUUCUUAUAUAUGAUACCAAAAGCACAAGCAACCAAAAAAUACAAAAAUUUGACUUCUUCAAAAUACAAACCUUUGUGCUUCAAACAACACCACCAAGAAAGUGAAAAGACAACCCACAGAAUGGGAGAAAUUAUUUGCAAAUCAGGUAUUUGAUAAGGGUCAAGCAACCAGGAGCCCUGGUGGUGACUGGUUAAGAGCUCAGCUGAUAACCAAAAGGUCGG